AUGGCAACUCAUAUCCUGGACAUGUUUGAUAUUCGAGGAGAAUGGCGAGCAAUCGCAAUCAGCCUAUUUAUCACAAUUCUUGCCUUCCAGUUUGGGUUCGACUCAACCUAUUAUUCUGGCAUUCUUGAUAUGGACCCUUUCACCAUAGCGUACGGACACCAGAACCGCGCGACCGAUAGCUAUGUCCUGGGCUCUAGCAUCCAGUCACUCCAUACUAGCAUCAUUAAUGUUGGAGAGCUUGUUGCUGCUACUAGCCUCGGCUUGUUGCUCGUUGAGAGAUUGCUCAUGACGCUUCGGUCGACGGACGAUGUUGCUUGUUUCCCCUCCUUGGUCUGUGCUGUGUUGUUCAUUGUCGGUGGGGUCGGGACGGCAUCGGCCAAGACUAUGGGCUUGGGUCGACUCAUCGUGGCCAUGGUCUACAUCUUCAUGGUUGCGUUCAAUUCUGGCUCUGGGACCGGCAGUGUGAGUGGUCACAUCGUGAAUCUCGAUCAGCCCCAACCGCAGCAAACUGAUGGCCAUGUCGACCGUCGUGUGGGUCUAGUUUCUGCUGCCGGGGACUGCCGGUCGCUCCCUGGAGGACAUGCAGGCGAUGUUCGAAAUAAAGUCCCAGCGCGAAAGUUCAAGUCAUAUGACAUCCCUCAGGCUUCACGCCUUGUUACCCUGGUGAACAAGAAGGAAGCACGGGCUACAGAAUGGAGAGCGUUCCCGGAAAUGGCGGCUGUCAGCGGGGAUGCGCACAUCGGCCCUAAUGCAUGGCAGCCUAUUUCACCUCCUUUUUCCGGCAUCAUCGUGGGGAAGAUGAGCAUACAUCGGUACUUCCUGUGGUUGUUGCUGCCAGAUCAUCGCGUUCUGAGACAUGGUAUCCAAGGCAAUGGAUUAGGGCGCACAGAGCAACAGCCCUUCUUUGGUCGGGUCAUCGCCGCUUUGAGCCUCUUGUCCCGGGCAACAUUCAGUCAGCGAGUAAGACAGACAUCAUACGAGGUCUACCCAAACGAUAGGGUUAUUUUUAUCCACCGAGCCAGGUCCUUGGAGUACAAGAAAUACGAGGGAGCGGGCUUGGCCGGAGAUCAGUGA